AUGAAAAUCAAGACCAUUUCGCGGUCCACGGACGCCUAUCUUGCCGACCGAGCCUCCGAGACGUCGCGGCAGCCCCGAAACCUCGACUCCGCGCUGCAUCCCUUUGAGCGAGCCCGAGAAUACACAAAAGCGCUGAAUGCCACCAAGCUGGAGCGAAUGUUUGCAAAGCCGUUUGUGGGCCAGCUGGGACGAGGCCACAUCGACGGCGUGUACACGAUUGCUCUGAACCCGCGGAUGCUCAACGCUGCGGCGUCGGGCUCUGCUGACGGAGUGAUCAAGUACUGGGACCUGACGUCGCAGGAGGAGACUUAUUCCGUGCAGGCCCAUGAGAACAUUGUGCGUGGUCUGACAGUGACACCCGAGGGACGACUGCUGUCGUGUGCCUCUGACAAGACCGUCAAGCUGUGGGACAUGAAGAACAAGAACCCCGACCCCAAGCAGGUGUAUCUGGGAGACCGAGGCUUCAACUGUAUUGACCAUCAGCGAGGUCCCGACACCUCCAAGUUUGCCACUGGAUGUGGAAAGGUGCAGCUGUGGGACACCACCCGGUCCAAGCCUCUUUCGUCGCUGUCCUGGGGCGCAGACACCAUCACUUCUCUCAAGUUCUCUCCCUCUGAGCACGCUGUGUUUGCCUCCACCGGUUCCGACAGAGCCCUCACCCUCUACGACAUCCGAACCAACUCGCCCAUCAACAAGCUGGUCACCAGCAUGAACAACAAUGCCAUUUCAUGGAACCCCCAGGUGCCGUUCAUGUUCUGUGCCGCCAACGAAGACCACAAUGUCUAUCUUUACGACAUGCGAAACCUGUCUGCAUGCACAUCGUUCCUGCAGGACCACGUGGCUGCGGUCAUGGACGUGGACUACUCGCCCACCGGCCGGGAAAUCGUCACCGCCUCUUAUGACAAGACUAUCCGAAUCUUCAACGUCCGAGAACGGUUCUCCAGAGACAUUUACCACACCAAGCGAAUGCAGCGGGUGUUUUCUGCAAAGUUCACUCUGGAUAACAAGUACAUUCUGUCGGGUUCAGAUGACGGUAACGUGCGUCUGUGGCGAGCCAAGGCCUCCGAAAAGGCCGGUGUCCGGUCGUCCAGGGAGCGGGCAUCCCGAGAAUACACCGACGCUCUCAAGGAGCGAUACAGACACAUGCCCGAGGUGCGGUCCAUUGCCCGACACCGACACGUGCCGUCUGCCAUCAAGAAUGCCCGUGAAAUCAAGGGUAUUGAGCGAAAGGCUCUCAAGAGACGACAGGACAACGAGAGAAAGCAUAACAAGAACCUGCCUGACAUUCAUCUCAAACAGCAGCAUAUUGUUGGUGUUGCCAUCAAGGACGAUAAGAAGAUUGAGGAGUGGAAGAGAAUUCAGGAGGAGAAGAAGCAGCAUAAGGAGAGUGUUGAGGGAGGUUGGAAGAAUGUCUAG